AUGGAGAAAGUAGAGUUCUUAUUCAUCCCAGCCCCGCUUAUGGGACAUGCUGGUCAGCUUGUGGAGUUAGCCACACUCUUGGUCAAUCAAUUUCACCAUAUCACCAUUACUGUCCUUGUGAUGAAGCUCCCCAGUGAUCCAAUUGGCACCAGUUACACCAAUUCCCUCACUGACCACGAUCGAAUGAAAUUUAUUCAUUUCCCUCCGAUGGAACUUGAUGACUUUGCAGAUACCCCAACUGCUGGCCUCUUGGCAGACGCCGUCACUGAGCGCCAUAAGCCAAUUAUAAGAGACGUUAUGGCUGAUCGGCUUAAUAGGUCUGAUCAAGCGUCUCCAUUGCGUGCUUUGGUCGUGGACAUGUUAUGUACAUCAAUGAUUGAUGUCAGCAAGGAAUUUAGUGUCCCGGCCUACGUGUUCUUUCCCACAAAUGCAGCUGUCCUCGGACUUAUGUUUUAUUUACAGACCCUCCAUGAUGAACAUGGUCAGGACAUAUCUGAACUGGAAAACUCAGGCACCCCAUUAAUGAUCCCUGGCUAUGACAGUCCAGUUCCUCCAUCCGUUUUGCCCUUCGUGCUUAUGGACAAGUAUACCUGGUCUACAAGGUACAUUCGUCAUAUCCGAAAGUAUAGAGAAGCCAAGGGCAUCAUCGUCAACACGUUUCAAGAGCUAGAACCCCAUGCCCUCCUUUGCUAUGAGGAUAAAACACCUCCUGUGUAUACCGCUGGUCCAAUGCUAAAGCCCGAAACACCUAUUACGAAAAAUGAGGUAUCACAGUGGUUGGAAGGUCAACCAAAGUGCUCAGUUGUGCUUUUAUGCUUCGGGUCCAGAGGAUGGUUCAAACGAGAGCAGGUUAGAGAAAUAGCAAUUGCUAUAGAGAGAAGCGGAUACCGGUUCAUAUGGUCCUUACGUAGACCACCAUCUGAGGACCAACAAGGGUUCCCCGGAGAAUACACAGACUACAACGAAAUCCUGCCAGAUGGAUUCCUAGAGCGUACAGCUGGAAAGGGGAAAGUGCUUGGUUGGGUCCCACAGACGGCGCUGCUUGCUAAUAUGGCGGUGGGAGGAUUCAUAUCCCACUGUGGGUGGAACUCCAUACUAGAGAGCCUUUGGUAUGGAGUUCCAAUAGCCACCUGGCCACAAGAAGCAGAGCAGCAGAUAAAUGCACACAAGUUGGUUAAAGAAUUAGGAUUGGGGGUGGAGAUCUCUUUGGAUUAUAACCAACUAAACAAGAAUCAGAGUUUGGUGUCAGCCCAAAUCAUUGAGAAGGGAAUACGAGAGGUGAUGGAUAGAAACAGUGAGGUCCGGGCAAACGUGGCAGAAAUGAAAGCUAAGAGCCGAAUGGCACUAGAAGAAGGAGGUUCAUCUUCUGCCAGUUUGAAAUUCCUUGUUGAUGAUUUCAUGUAACUAGCUCACAAAGAGAAAAAUUCACACUGUAACACACAUCACAUGUGUAGAAUCUCCUAACUAGACAAUAUCAACUGUAACAGACAGAUUCAGGGGUGAUUGCAAAAAAGUACAACCAACUUUGUUAUGAUCUAUGGUGCUAAUAACCAGCUCAAUACAGUCCAGGAAGAACCAUCAAAGGUUUCAUAUAAGGUAUCUUAACUAAGAGAACAGGUUCGCCAUGCCAGAAAAAAGUCGGACAAAUGUAAUUGGGCAUCUGCCACAUCAUCGUCUCAACGGGUGACGGGUCAGAUUAACUUAAAUCAAAAUCACUGAAAGACUAUUACUCGAAUGGUAAAAUGUUGAAAGUGUGAUGGUAUUUAUUGGCCUAGCUUAUAUUAGAAAAUGAACUAAAAUUAUUUCACUAUGGCCACCCUAAAAAAGAGUAAGACGUGAAUACACAUGUUAGAAACCCUAAUUUCGACAAAAAGCAACCACUAUAACAACCGUGUCAUGCAUUUGAACAAUAUAUGUACUGAAAAAUAAUGGGAGCAUAAAUGCAUACAUGUAUAUAUGAUGCCCGUGUAUAUACGUUGCAAGUGUUUUCAA